AUGAAUGAAGGACUGAAGCUUCUAUUUGAAAUAUUCCCCCAUAAGGAUGAACCGAGUUUAAAGGAAGCACUCGAGUCAAGCAAUGGCGAUAUAGAAUUGGCAUCAAUGAUGAUACUAAGUGAGGAAAAUAUCGAACAUGUAGAAUCUGAUUCUGAGAAACAAAAUAAAGAUCUUGAAAAUUUAUAUGAUAUGUUUCCUAAUAUCAAAAGAUCACUAAUCACAUCUAUGUAUGAAGAUAAUGCUGAUGGUAAUGAUUUAAUCCCAGAGUUGCUAAAUUUAGAUUUGUUAAAUAGGGAAUCAAUACAUGAUGAGGUCGGAUGUGAUAAUGGAAAAUGUGGUGGAGAUAAUCAGACUCAAACUAAUGGAAUUGUGAACUCCAAUAAUAAAUGGAGUGAGAGUUCUUCUGAUAUUAAAAUUAUCGUAGAUUACACAGAUGUGUCCGAUUCAAAAGCUAAACAUUAUUACUACAAGAAUAAUCAUGAUAUUAUACUUUCAAUUAUAGAUAUAAUUGAUGAAUAUUCUGAGAAAAGGGGGACAAUUGAUUCUAAUGAAUCAUCAACAAUACAUAUGACCUCUAAGAGCACCAACUGCAUAAAAAGAGGAACUGUCCAGAAUAAUAAUGGGUUCGCACAUUUUAAAGGAAAGGAAGCAAGAAAUUCCCAGAAUUUGUAUGAAGUGUUAUCAUCUGAAAAGGAUAAUACAUCUAAAACAAAUACAAUCGAUAAUGAUCAGAAUUCCAAUUUAGAAAUACAAUACAAAGUGUUCCGAUCAGAAAUCAUAAAAGGCAAUGAAUUAUCCAAAGUGAUAGAUAAUAAGGUGCUAUACAGAGUGUACUGUUUUUACAAUGGAAAUGUAGAACGAACCUUAUUGUUGGUGACCUUACUUAUAGACAAUCAUUAUACAAAUAUAACGGUUCCAGUAGAGGAAUAUAAAAAGAUAAGUGGUGUUGGCCUAGAAAUUGAACGAAAAUUUACAUUGCCUACUACAAAUAAGAUCAUAAAAAAGAAAAUUGAAAGCCCACAAAUCUUAGAAUCUACACAAUCCCACUUAACAAAUAGUGGAUUUAACUCUACAACAAGUUUCGAGGAGGCCAAAAAAAUGAUGAAAGAUAUGUUUCUGACCAGCAAGCUUGACUUUCAUGGGUUCCAACCCAAUGAAGCUAUAUCUACCUUAGAUGCAUGUUUAAAAGUAUGGUGGGAGAAGGAAGAAUCAGAGAGAGAGCUAACCGCCACAAACAAGAAAUACUCCAAAGUACUAUUUUUAAGCCCUAUAACUGUAGUAACCGGCAGAGGGAUUCACAGUAUCAAUGGUGUUUCAAAAGUUAAAUUAAGAGUUAAAAAGUAUUUGGAUGAAAAUAAUUAUCAAUAUUGGGAAGAACCGUCAUAUUUUAGAAUUGAAGGUAAAAAAUAA